UUCCUUAUAAUUUUCUUCUUUAUUUCGAUCAUCAUUCACAUGACGCAACACAAAUCUUUUUCUCACUUUUCCCUCACAAAGUUAUUAUUAAAGUAUUUAUUAGAAAAGAAACAAAAACAAAAUAUUGAGAGAGCUGCGAAUUCGGCCGCCAUGUAAGCAAAAACACAACACAAAGCAUGAUUGUUGUGUCAGGAGACUAGCUUUUGUGGCUCUAUAUAAGAGACACUAUCUUCAUUUUGUUCUCUUUGUCCCUCUCUAACUUUCAUACAAAUCUCUCUCCCUUACAAACAUAUAAAACACACUUCACUUCUUCUUCACCCUAUUCGAACACUCUUACCUAAAGAUCAAGGUUUAACGAAAUGGAGAGGCUGAACUCGAAGCUGUACUUGCAAAACUGUUAUAUAAUUAAGGAGAAUGAAAGGUUGAGGAAGAAAGCUCAGAUUCUGAACCAGGAAAAUCAACAGCUUCUCUUGGAGCUAAAACAAAAGCUCUCCAAAACCAAGAACUCUAAUGGAUCAAACCAAGGAAGCAACAACAACAACCUCUCUUCGUCAAGUUCUGCUUCUGGACAAUCCUGAUGAAGCAACUCUUAGGACAAGAAUUGGAUUUGGUAGACUGAAAAAAUCGUCAUGACCGGCCCUGCUCAAUUAGAAGAACCCAUCUUUUCUUAUUUCUUCUUUUUAUUAGUGUAAUGUAAGAAAAUAGUUAGUGGUAUUAAUCAAUUAUCAACUAGUUUUCUUGUUGUUAAUGUUAUUUUAGUUUGUGAGUUCUUCUAAUUUUAUUUACUACAAAAAGGACAAAGUGUUGUGUCUCUCUGCCUAUCUUCUCAGGGAUAUUUUACUUUUGUUUCCAUUUUUAUGUUAAUUAGAUUUUCUUUUGUUGCCUUUUUCAUGUGGGGUUUGGUUCUUUAGGAUUUGGUUGAUUCAGGGACUACAUUGUACUACCUUCUCC